AUGCGCAAGUUGGAAACUUUAAGUUGUAACCCAGCACAACCCAAGUGUAACCCCAAUGAACAAAGGAAGAAGCAGAAAACAAUUGCUGCAUUCCGCCAUUCCUUCAAUCUAAGAAAGGCUGAAGUAGGAGGGUGGUGCAGAAAUGGUCGAAUCCCCGAAGCUCCAAAUCCGAAACGAAUAGAAGAAGUUAGAAUGACGCGCAUUCAGGCGGAAACCCUAACUGGGGGAAUGCUUCAAUCAGACAUCCAGAGUGACGCAAAAGAUCCGAACUCGGGAACCAGAGAACCUAGACUAACCAACUAUGAGAGAACGAGAAAAGAGGAGAGAAUGAAACAUCUGAUGCUCUCCGCUCGAAUGAAGACAAUUAUAACAAGACCCAGCCAGAUUCAAACUUCUUCAAGGGGGCAGGAAAUGAAGAUUAGAUGGCAUGGCAAGAAAUUACACUUACAGAUCAAAGAUGAAAGGGAUAAAUCGGAGGAGGGCAGGCGCGACCGGGAGGAGAGAGCUUUGUGGAGUGAAGAUUCCAUAGCCGGCUCGGGAGAAGAACGUAGCAGAACAUAA